CGCCCUCAGAGGUCCUCCUCCUCUGCAACAUGAUGCUCUCCCUCCUUCACGCCAGCGCGGCCCUCGCGCCGAUGCACGCUCCCCUCCGCGGCGCCUAUUCGCCGCUUCGCCCGGUCGCGGCGGCGCCCGUACUGCGCCGUGCGCCGUUCGCGCUGAUGCAGGAGGCGGAGGCCGCCGCUGCCCCGCCCGCGGAGGAGCUGUGCAUCGAGACGGGCGAGGAGGUCGAGGAGUGCACGCUCCUGUCGUGGGAGGCUGGCAAGAUCAGCGCCCCUCAGGCCCUCGUCGACAAGGCCAAGCUUGGCUUCCUCUUCUUUUCGUGGUACUUUCUCAACGUGAUGUACAACAUCACCAACAAGCGGUGCCAGAACGCGUUCCCGAUGCCGUGGACGAUGACGGUGGUCUCGCUCUUCGUCGGCAUCCCGUGGGUCCUCUUCCUCUGGGGCACCGGCAUCCGCAAGCCUCCUAAGAUCGGCGAGGAUGGGCGGGAAGACCGGGGCUGUCGCCGCAUGGACGGCUGGAAGACCCUCCUCCCCAUCGGCGCGGCGCACGCCCUCGGCCACGCCGGCGCGGUGAUCGCGCUCGGCGCCGGCGCCGUCUCCUUCGCCCAGACCGUCAAGGCCGCCGAGCCGCUCUUCACCUGCGCGCUGUCUUUCUUUGUGCUCGGCACAGUCUUCAAGUGGCAAGUGUACGCCUCGCUGCUGCCCAUCAUCGUCGGCGUCUCGCUCGCGUCGCUCAAGGAGCUCUCCUUCACCAUGAAGGCCCUGUACGGCGCCCUCACCUCCAACGUCGCCUUCGCCUCCCGCGCGGUCCUCUCCAAGAAGACGAUGGACAAGCCGGUCGGGGAGAACAUGAACGCGCCCAACCUGUACGGCGUCCUCACCAUCAUCGCCUUCAUCCUCUCCCUCCCCUUCGCCGUCUACUACGAGGGAGCCUCCUUCGCCUCCCAGUGGGCCGCCUCCACGGCAAAGGUUGCCUUCAUCGCGCUGGACCAGGUCUCACCGAUCACGCACUCGAUCGCAAACACGAUCAAGCGCGUCUGCAUCAUCCUCGCCACCGUCCUCGUCUUCGGCAACAAGCUCACCCCCAUCGGCGCCGCCGGAUCCGCCAUCGCCGUCGCCGGCACCUUCCUCUAUUCGGUCGCAAAGUCGAAGUACAAGUGAGCUCCCGCGACCGGCGGAGGCGACGCCGGCGAGCUCUCCCUCGCUCUCGCUCUCGCCUCCCCUCCCUCCCCUCCCUCCCCCCUCUGUCGCCCUCUUCCCGGUAAGGGCGCAGACGCCCUUACUGCCCUCCGCUCUCGUCUCGGCGCAGCAGCCACUGCUGCGUUGUGACGCUCCUCCCCGCGUUGCCCUCCCCUCCCCUUGCGCCCUCCUCUUGUGCCCGGGCGCUCAGCCGCGGCAUGGUCUGUACCCGAUGACCAGUACGGCUCUACAGCACGUGUGUAGGAGAGCAGUUGUGAAAGUGUGCGGUGUGUGUGCGCGACUGCGAGGGACGUGCAAACGUUGCAUUUUCGUAGACGGGGGUUGGCGGUUGCCGCGAUAUCCGCUUUGGAUCUCUCAA